CACAAAAUUCAAAUGAAACACCGUUUAAAUUUUGUGAAUCUAAAUUCAAUAAUUAAUCGAGUAUACGAAUACUUAUAACAGCUAAAUCUUUAAUAAUGAGCAACGAAAAAUUGAGUAGAGAACAAGUGCCUCAAAAAUUUGCAGAAUGGCUUUUAGGAAUGGGAUGCCCGCCUGAAAAAGUUCCGAGUGUAGACAAAAUUUCAGAAAUAUGCCGGGGUCAAUAUUACAUGGUGUGGCGGAGUCUCAUGGAGCAUGUGGAACCGAAGGAUGUUGUUAAGCGGAAGAGACUUCAAGUGUUCUGUGAUGAUGUUCAAAAGUGGCAGAAGAAAAGUCCAUUCAAUGAGCGUGAUUCAAAUGUUAUUAUACCGGAGCCUAUAGCAUUGUGGCAACAACAAACAGAGCUGAAGGAUAAGGUCGCUGACAUGGAGACCAGAGUUGGCAGCGGACAGGAGAAGUUGAAACAACUCACUGACAAAAUAUCUAUGAAGUUAUCCCAACGCAACUUAUGUCGCGAGCGUAUUGAAGAUCUACAGCGUCGCGCGUGGCUUCUACAACAGGUGGCAGCUGACUUGAAGGCCAAGAAGCAGAAUUUGGAGGAAACCAGGACCAUUGCUGACUCACUUUGCUGCUUUGAUGAAGAUGGUGAUGUGCAGGGUAAAUUUGAUAAAUGUCUAUCCUUAAUCCGGAAACCGUCUUCGUCCGCGGCGUCCAACUCGCUGCUCGCCUCGAAUCCCGUCGCCAGCUCCUCAGUAGUGUCCACCAAUGGAGAUCAGGAUACUGAAGAUCAAGUGUACUCGCUGGUUAAAUCCCCCGGCUUCGCUCUCUGGCCGCUACUGUGCGAGUCGCGAGCGGGACUCGUGAGCAAACUGGCUGACACCGCUAGUGCUGGCAACACCGGCGUUGGAAUCACUCCACAAUCGGUCCUAGCGUAUACAGCGGCCUUACACAGCAGUCUUGCGCUUGAAGCCAUGAAACACAAGGUGCACAUCAAGCAGACCCAGAAACGAUUGGCGUCAGCGGUCAAUGAACUUAGUAGCUACCUAACAGGCGAGGCGUGUGAGCUGCUAGUGUUGCGGUGUGAACGCGCCCGUACGGCCGCUAGAGUAAACACAUUACGCGCGGCCCUCAACGAUAUUAAAACGAGAAGCGGCCAUUUUGAAAUCGCUGGCGAUACAGGGAUAGCGAACGUUGGAAGAAAUAUAGCAGCCGUGGAUAGGAAUAUUGAAAGCAAAAGGGACGAACUUAGGAGGCUGCUAACGAACUUGGCGGUCACCGAGAAGAAGAUCAUGAAUAUCAGAGAGUGCCUCGUUCACAUCUUCAGCGGCUUCCAGAAAGAUCUUCCCGUGCAGGAGAACGAGAGAUAUAGAGGCCACUUGGAGUUCCCGCAGGAGUCUAUAGCAACUCUCCGUCAGUUCUACGAGGAGAGAAAGGAGAAGAUGAGGAACAAAGUGGAGUUGAGUCUGGAUCUGGACGUGUCUGAAAACUGCUCGUUCGCAGACACUACAGAUAAUGCGAACCCAAGAUUCAUUGAUGAGUUGAAAAUAUAUUUGAAGAAAUUCUGUCUAGAGAAGAAUAGGAAACUUGUUUUAGAAAGCGGCGAAAAAAUUUGGAUAUCCGAGACUCUCCAAUCUUCGCACUCCCGCUUGCUCGGUAGAUGGCAGCACGCAGAACUCCCGCCGAUUGUCUGUCCGUCUGUCUGUCUGCACGCCUCUAUCUCCGGAAUUAUACAGCUGGUCAAUAGUAAAGAAACCAUGGAGGCGAUGGUCAAAGAGUUUGGAAAUGGAAGGAAAUUGGAGUUCGAUAUUGAUCUGUCACCGAAAAAGGCUGAAGAGGACCAAGUCACUGAUAGAAUCAAGAAGCGACUCAACGACAAUCUUAUCAGCUUACAGAAGACUGUAAAAACUCUGGAUUUGGGGCGGGAAAACCUCAAAUUCUGGGCUGACAACGAAAUGAAGAAAUACAUUUCUUCAAAUAGGAAAUUUGAUGGAAAAACUUAUAGAGAUUAUGAAGUUAUGUACAAGGAAACGUUGAAUGUUUGAUGUAUGAAGCCAAGUUUUGAUUUUCUUGUUAAAAUGAAACGACUCCCGUCUGACCUCCAUGACCAACGAGGUCAAGGAGGUCGUUUUAUGUCUUCUUAGCUGCCCAAUUUUGGAUCGUUUUUUGUAAUUUAAUAAGGAUUUCAGUCGACCAAAAGUUACGAAAUAUUUUUGUCUCAUACCGAAAUUUUGUAUAUUGAGAUACUGAA